ACAGAAGACACAGUCUGUACGCUGCGAGAUUAUCCGGAAGUGCCUGUUUUUUCAAAGGAUGGUGACAUUAUAAUUGGUGGUCUCUUUUCAUUCUAUUCAACAUUUACUACUAAAAAGCCCAAUUUCACAAUAAUGCCAGAGCCACCAAAGUGCAAAAGUAUACACUUCAGAGAAUUUCUGUUGUCUCAAACAAUGAUAUUUGCAAUUGAAGAAAUAAACAACAGUACUGAAUUACUUUCUAACAUUUCCCUGGGAUAUAAAAUCUUUGAUUUUUGUGCAAAUAUACCUCAUACUAUAAGAUCAACAAUGGCUUUGAUAAAUGGAGAGGGAGAUGGAUUAUUUUCAAACCUUCAUUGCACAAAACCAUCCACUGUGCUUUCUGUAGUAGGACAAGCUUCGUCUUCUUCUAUGAUAGGGAUGGCAACAACUCUGGGACCCUUUCGAAUUCCAGUGAUAAGUCAUCUUGCUACUUGUGCCUGUCUUAGCAAAAGAAAUGAAUUUCCUUCAUUUUUCCGAACAAUACCAAGUGAUUAUUAUCAAAGCAGAGCUCUGGCAAAGCUAGUAAAACAUUUUGGAUGGACUUGGGUUGGAACAAUUAGAAGUGAUGACGACUAUGGAAAUUCAGGAAUGGCUACAUUCAUCCAAACAGCAGAGCAGGAGGGAAUUUGUGUGGAAUAUUCAGAGAGCUUUUUCAGGACAUAUCCAAAAGAGAAAAUCCUUCAAGUUGUUGAAAUUAUAAGAAAGUCAACAGCAAAGGUUAUUAUAGCUUUCCUAGCUCAACUUGAGAUGAUGGCAUUACUGCAAGAAGUAGCACUUCACAAUAUAACUGGUUUGACGUGGAUUGGAAGUGAGUCAUGGAUAACUUCUAGGAACCUUGCCACGGAAAGAAACUUUAAAAUACUGGGUGGUGUCCUUGGAUUUGCAGUUGUCAAUGUUGUGAUGCCAGAGUUAAGGGAUUUUUUGUUUCGUAUAAAUCCUAGUGUUGCUUCAGAUAACAAUGUUUUGAAAGAGUUUUGGGAGAGUGCUUUUAACUGCACCCUGGUAGCACAAGGUAUGUCUACAAACAUGACGCAAUGCACAGGAUAUGAAGAUUUGAGGGCCACCAAGAACCAGUACACAGACACCUCAGAAAUGAGAUUUGCCAACAAUAUUUAUAAAGCCAUAUAUGCUGUGGCUCACUCACUUCAUCACCUUUUUACUUGUAGAAAUGAGUACCCUUCAGAUUUUAAUGUGUGUGCAAAUAAGAUGACAGCCCAGCCAUGGCAGGUACUUCAUUAUUUGAAAAGAGUAAAUUUUACAAGCAGAACAGGGGAGACAGUUUCUUUCGAUGAAAAUGGUGAUCCAGUGGCGAGAUAUGAACUGGUGAAUUGGCAGCUGAGAGAUGGGAUUGCAGAAUUUGUUACAGUUGGGUAUUAUGAUGCAUCAUUGCCAGAAAAACACCAGUUUACAAUGAAUAAUGUAAAAAUCGUAUGGACUCACAACCAAGAUCAGGUACCUACAUCUUUUUGCAGUGAAAGUUGUCUUCCAGGUACCCGUAAGGCAAUAAAAAAAGGGAGGCCUGUGUGUUGCUUUGACUGCAUUCCAUGUGGAGAAGGAGAAAUUAGCAGCAGAAAUGAUUCAAUUGACUGUGUAAAAUGCCCUGCAGAAUAUUGGCCAAACCAGCAAAGAGAUCAAUGCAUUUUAAAGGACAAAGAAUUUCUUUCAUAUGAAGAAAUUAUGGGUACAUUUUUGAUGGUCUUGUCUUUGAUGGGAGCAAGUGUGACUAUAGGCAUAACUUUUGUUUUCUAUUGCAACAGAAGCACACCUAUUGUUAAAGCAAAUAAUUCUGAAUUAAGUUUCCUUCUUCUAUUUUCUUUAAUAUUAAGCUUUCUUUGUUCCCUAACAUUUAUUGGUCGUCCAUCUGACUGGUCCUGUAUGUUGCGCCACACAGCUUUCGGGAUUGUAUUUGUCUUGUGCAUUUCUUGUGUUCUUGGAAAAACAAUAGUUGUGAUAAUGGCCUUUAAAGCUACACUGCCAGGAAAUAAUGUCAUGAAAUGGUUUGGACCAAAUCAACAACGACUAUGCAUUUGUAUUUUCACAUUAAUACAGGUACUCAUAUGCACUCUGUGGCUAUUGUUGUCACCUCCAUUUCCCAACAGCAACAUGGCAUAUUAUAAAGAAAAGAUAAUUUUAGAAUGUGACAUAGGAUCUGCCCUUGCGUUUUAUGCUGUUUUAGGGUACAUUGGAUUUCUUUCUGCAUUGUGCUUCAUUUUGGCUUUUCUAGCUCGUAAACUACCAGAUAAUUUCAAUGAAGCAAAAUACAUUACAUUCAGCAUGUUGAUUUUCUGCGUCGUCUGGAUCACAUUUAUUCCUGCUUAUAUCAGUUCACCAGGAAAAUACACAGUGGCUGUGGAAAUAUUUGCAAUUUUAGCUUCCAGCUAUGGUUUGCUUUUCUGUAUUUUUGCUCCCAAAUGUUUCAUCAUACUUGUGAUGCCAGAAAAAAACACAAAAAAGUAUCUAAUGGGUAAAAUACCCUGAAUAUCAGCUUUGCUUUAAAAAUUCUACAUUUAUAUUCUAUACCUUUCUUUUUUAGUAGCAUACACAUUAAGCUUGAAAGUAUGUGAUAGUGUUUUUCAUCCUAUCAGAAUGCACAAACUAUCAAAAGUAUGGAAAGCCUUUAUAAAAAUAAACAAAAUGUUAAUUUUGAAGUAAAAAGUUGCAUUGUUAAUUUAUACGUUUAGUGUGUGCCAUAAUGUUUUUUUUCCUGUAAUCAAUCCUGGAGUAGCAUCAUGUUUCUUGGUUUCAUUCUAACCAUUUUACUUAGUGGGGACCAGUUAAGUUGGGUAAUUUUAAACUACAGUAAAAAUGCAAAAGCAGCAAAGCAUAUUACU